CGCAGUACACAAAAGGCCUGACCUCGGGAGGAUCGAUUAAGGUUAAAAAUGACAAGGAAUUUGUCUACAGGAAUCUCGAACACAACUCACCAGAUUUGCUGUCUCUGUCCAGAUAUUUACGGAGUGGAGCAAGGGAUUCACUUGAUCAUCCUUCCUGCUCAGACUGUGGGGAGGGAUUCACUCGAUCACCUGACCAACUGGCACGUCCAUAAUUUUACAUGGGGGCAACCUGUUCAUCUGCUCAGACAGUGGGAAUGGAUUUAGUCGGUCAUUUCAACUGAAGGUACAUCAGCAAGUUCACACUUGGACAAGGCCAUUCACCCUUUCUGUGUUUGAGAAGGGAUUCAGUCGGUCUUCCCACCUGUGGACACACCAGUCAGUUCACACUGGACAGAGGCUGGUCAUCUGCUGAAUUUGUGGGGAAGGAUUCAGUCGGUCAUCUGACCUAAUGGCUCACCAGCGAGUUCACACCGGGGAGCGGCCAUUUACCUGCUCGGACUGUGGGAAGGGAUUCACUCAGUCAUCCGAACUGCUGGUACACCAGCGAGUUCACACUGGGGAGAAGCCGUUCACCUGCUCAGUCUGUGGGAAGCGAUUCACUUGCUCAUCUAAUCUGAAGGUACAUCAGCGAGUUCACACUGGGGAGAAGCCAUUCACCUGCUCAGACUGUGGGAAGGGAUUCAGUCAGUCAUCUCACCUGAAGCUACAUCAGCGAGUUCACACUGGAGAGAGGCCGUUCAUCUGCUCAGUCUGUGGGAAGGGAUUCACUCGGUCAUCCGAACUGCUGGUACACCAGUUAGUACACGCUCGGGAGAGGCCGUUCAACUGCGCAGACUGUGGAAAAGGAUUCACUUGCUCAUCUAAACUGAAGGUACAUCAGCGAGUUCACACUGGAGAGAGGCCGUUCACCUGUGCAGACUGUGGGAAAGGAUUCAAUUCAUCAUCCCAACUGAAGAUACAUCAGCGAAUUCACACUGGAGAGAGGCCGUUCACCUGCUCAGACUGUGGGAAGGGAUUCGCUAGGUCAUCUCACCUGAAGCUACAUCAGAGAGUUCACACUGGAGAGAGGCCAUUCACCUGCUCAGACUGUGGGAAGGGAUUCACUCAGUCAUCCGAACUGCUGGUACACCAGUCAGUUCACAGCAGGGAGCAGCCAUUCACCUGCUUGGACUGUGGGAAGGGAUUCACUUGCUCAUCUAAACUAAAGGUACAUCAGCGAGUUCACACUGGGGAGAGGCCGUUCACCUGCUCGGACUGUGGGAAGGGAUUCACUCGCUCAUCCCACCUACUGACACACCAGUCACUUCACACCGGGGAGCGGCCAUUCACCUGCUCAGUCUGUGGGAAGGGAUUCACUUGUUCAUCUGCACUGAAGUUACAUCAGCGAGUUCACACUGGGGAGAGGCCGUUCACCUGCUCGGACUGUGGGAAGGGAUUCACUUGUUCAUCUGCACUGAAGGUACAUCAGCGAGUUCACACUGGGGAGAGGCCAUUCACCUGCUCAGUCUGUGGGAAGGGAUUCACUCGGUCAUCUGACCUAAUGGCUCACCAGCGAAUUCACACCGGGGAGCGGCCAUUCACCUGCUCAGACUGUGGGAAGGGAUUCACUUGCUCAUCUACGUUGAAGGUACAUCAGCGAGUUCACACUGGGGAGAGGCCGUUCACCUGCUCAGUCUGUGGGAAGGGAUUCAGUCAGUCAUCUCACCUGAAGCUACAUCAGCGAGUUCACACAGGGGAGAGGCCGUUCACCUGCUCAGACUGUGGGAAGGGAUUCACUCAGUCAUACGAACUGCUGGUACACCAGUCAGUCCACACUGGGGAGCGGCCGUUCACCUGCUCAGCCUGUGGGAAAGGAUUUACUUGUUCAUCAACACUGAAGGUACAUCAGCGAGUUCACACUGGGGAAAGGCCGUUCACCUGCUCAGUGUGUGGGAAGAGAUUCACUCAGUCAUCUCACCUGAAGCUGCAUCAGCGAGUUCACACUGGAGAGAGGCCAUUCAGCUGUUCGGACUGUGGGAAGGGAUUCACUUGUUCAUCUAAACUGAAGGUACAUCAGCGAGUUCACACUGGAGAGAGGCCAUUCGCCUGCUGAGACUGUGGGAAGGGAUUCACUCAGUCAUCCACCCUAAUGGCACACCAGCGGGUUCUUGUGAGAACUAUUUUAAAAGUAAAAGUGGAUGUAUUUUAUUUUAAAACUAUUUUAUUGCACCUAUUUUCUAUAUUUCACACCGGGGAGAAGCCUUUCAGCUGCACAGACUGUCUCAUCACUGAUGGCCAUAUAGGCCCUGAUCCUGGCACAGCAUCAAACAUUAGAAGGCAUAGAUUUAAGCAGAGGAUGAAGAGGUUUAGAGGGAUCUGAGGAAGAGAUUUUUCAGUUGAAAUCUGGAACACACUGCCCGAGAUGGUGGAGGAAACGGGUCCCUUCAGAACAUUUACGAAGUCGGUGAGCAUUGAAACUGCCGAGAUACAGUCAGCUGUGAACCAAGUGCUGAUAAGUGGGACCAGUGUAGACCGUGAGUGGAUGGUCAGAACAGGUAUAGGUCUGUUCCCGUGCUGUGUGACCCACCACUCCGGACAUGCUAAAUUAACGAUGGUGGCACCACAAGGCAUUGAUUUCAAAACGCCACACCCCUCUCCAACCUGAAAUAAACCAGACUGCACACCUCUAACACCACUGUCAAUAUCUGUUUCUGUCAAGGUGGCAUUCAAAUUGGUCACUUCUGCUAAACAACUGGCAAUCGAUGAAGUUCCUGUGUCUUUUUCCAUUAAUGCUGCUUCCUUACAGCAAAACUAACCCUCUCACUGUGUCAGAAUCAGUGAUUAAAUCCGGCCCCAAACACUGUGCUUUCAUCCCUGCACAUUGUAACUUGAACCAUCUCACUGAAGGUCUGAUGGAGACACAACCCCUGCCCUCUGCACAUGUGGUCACAUCUCCCCUGCUUCUGACAUUUCAAAUACCCUCAGAAUGGCUUUCUGAUUCAGUCUGAAGGUUCUGGUACAUUCAGCUCAUCAUAAGGCCGAACAAACCAUGUCUUCCCACAGCUGGUUCCACCUGUUGGUGUGUCCUCUUUCCUCCACCUCCAGGGAAGCAGCAUCUCCACACAA